AUGCAGAUGCAGCCCAUGAUGGCAGCCUAUUACCCCAACAACGUCACCACUGAUCAUAUUCAGCAGUACCUGGAUGAGAACAAGUCCUUAAUCCUGAAGAUUGUCGAAAGCCAGAAUUCUGGCAAGCUGAGCGAGUGUGCCGAGAAUCAGGCGAGGCUACAGAGAAAUCUCAUGUAUUUGGCUGCAAUAGCUGAUUCUCAGCCCCAACCACCCACCAUGCCUGGUCAGUACCCUCCUGGUGGGAUGAUGCAGCAGGGAGCACACUACAUGCAGGCUCAACAAGCACAGCAGAUGACACAACAACAGCUAAUGGCCGCACGCUCCUCCCAUUUGUACGCGCAGCAGCCAUAUUCAGCACUUCAACAGCAGCAAGUCAUGCACAGCCAACUGGGGGCGAGUUCAGGACUGCACAUGCUGCAGAGUGAAGUGAGCAAUGUGAAUGUGGGAUCAGGCAGUGCAACACUAGGAGGUUCUGGAGGGUUUCCUGACUUUGUCCGUGGCUCCACUGGGGAGGGUUUGCAUGGAAGGAGCAUGAUUGGUGGAAGCAGCAAGCAGGACCUUGGUGGCUCAGGUGAUGGCCGAGGGGGAAGCUCCGGUGAAGGGGGUGAAAGCCUCUACCUCAAGUCUGCUGAAGAUGGAAACUAG